AUGGCGGAUCAUUCAGCUGAUCCUUCAACAGUGAUAAAGCAAGCCAGGUAAACAAGCACUUCUCCAUUUAAGCCUGGGUUUUCGUGUACUUCAAGAUCUCUAAAAUUAUAUGGGGUAUUCUUCUUAUCCUCAGGCUUUUACAGGAACCAGAGUUCAAGGACUUCUGCACCAAAGUUUUGAGAAUUUUACAAAGUCGUGAUCGUGGUUUCGAGUGUACAAAUGUUUUAAGGCGAUUGUUUUUGUUAUUAGCAGCAACAAGACAGAGAAGAAGGUAUGUUGCCUUAAAUGAAUGAUACACGGUUUAAUAGCGUAGAAGAAAAGAACCAGACCAGCAUUAUUGUUACAGUAUAAUCACCAUGCAUCAGCUGACCUGAUCAUGAACCGUUCGUCCGGCCUUAGCAUCUAUUGCUGUGCAACAGAUGUAACAAAGAAAUUGUCGAAGAGAAGUUCGCUAAUGAUGAAUCAAACUAGGAAACCAGUGAUAGGGGCCUAAUGAGGGGAUGUUCCAGUUUUUACUUGCACACAUGCCCUACGCUCGUUAAGAUGGUUGGAAUCCAAAGCCAUAUGUUUUUGUCAGAGCCCGUCUCUGAGGAAAAAUGUAAACCACCUGUUAAGAAACCUACCAUACCUUGGUGGUGGUGGUGGGUGGGGAGGGUUAGGGUUAGGGUUAACCAUCUUUUUUUUCAAAAAACUUGUUCAAGAUUCAGUCAGAGCCCACCUUUAAAAAAUACCCUGAUUGUUUGAAGAGGGGAUGAGAGUCAGAUUGGAAAAGAUUGUUUGUAGCGACCUCUGGAUAAAGGAAAACAGGAAGUCCCUUUUCAGGCUGACGAAAUAAGUUGACCAUCCAGGGAGGAGUCCAGAUCACUCUCUGGUGAGGUGAAGGCCAUUCCUUUAGCGAGCCACGUAGAAUCAAGGGAAGGGGUAGGACAAACAGGCCAGGGAAUGAAAUUUCUUUCCAAAGCUAAAUCUGAUUUAUUUUGGUUCCAUUUAUUUUCUAUUUUCCAAAAUUAAGAAAUUUAUGUUACCUGUGCCGGGGUUGUCACAUUAUUCAAAUAGUAGCUGGGGAAAACAGCUAGGGAUUUAUUUUGGUUCCAUUUUUCUUCUAUUUUCCAAUGAAAGUAGCCUAGGGCACAUUCAUGGUAGCUGGGGGAAAUCCCUGGCUCCCGGCUCUUAAUGACAGCCCUGAGAAGGCUUCCAUGAUCAAUUCAGUGCAAAAACAGCAACAAAACCAACAACACACAUUCAAUUUGCACACUCAUUUCUAUGAUGUACUUAAUUAGUUACUCUUUCCAUUUAUGCCAGUUUACCAACUCAAUUGGUUGAUGAACUGAAAAAUGUUGCCAGUGAACCUGAGCAAGGCUCUAAAAGGUUGCGUCUUCUGUGUGCUGCCAUCUUACGUGAGAUAACUCCCACCAGCCAGCUUGUUAUUGCAAGUUUGGAUCCACCCAUAGAACAGAGGUGUAUUCCAAUAAUCCUACCGCUAUCUUGGGUACAGGUAGGUAUGGUUGUGCUUUUGCUUUUAAUAAACUGGUGUUUUGAUCUUUGUCAUUUUUUUCACAGCAUCACUUGAUUGUUUUACAGAGGUGUUGUUAUUUGAUAGAUUUGGAAGUGUUCAUCUCUUUUUUUUGUUGUUGUUUCCUUUAUUUAAGCAAAGCAAGGCACUGUAUUGUGUCUCUCCACCCAGGUUAAUUUUGCAGGUGGAAUUUGCUCUCAUAAAGUGAAACAUGUUAGUUUCAACUUUAUUUUGUAAUUUGUAUGUACCAGGUAAUUAAAAUAAAUCACACACUCAAUAUACAUGUACAUGAAAGAGUAACAACAAGCAAAUCCUUAUGAACCGAUUCGCGGUCAUGUAGCACUGUGUGACUUCACUUUUUUGGUUGCAUGGUGGCACAGUGCUUAUGCAUGCAUCAAUCCUACAGUGUUCACAAAUCCAUGGAGCAUAGGAAGCCAAUUUGAAAAUUGUGUGCUACAUAAUGGUUGCAUAGUCAAAUAUUCUAAAACACUGCUAAAAUGAUGCCACUUUAUCUCUCGCUUGCACCCACUAUCACAAAACUAUCUGUACUGAAGAAGCCAUGCAGGAAUGUUGCAGAUUAAAUACAAUGUACUUUUGGCACAAUAUGUUAACAAUAUGUCAAAAGUAGUUUUAGAAAUAAUGAGAAAAGCAGUCUGUUUUUAAUAUUUCUUGCAAUGAAAGCGGGAACUUACCGUAGCAAAAUUUUUUUGCCUGGCAUGCAGUGCGAAAUUUCCAUCGUGAUUUAGGCCAUUAAGUGGCUUGUACCACGUGAAUUGAAUGAUCGCAGCACAGCGAGCAAGACAACAUUUUUGUCUCGCUGAUGCAAAGGUCAAACAAUACUCAACUCGCUUUCUUUUUUACCGAAAAUCUGCAUAACUUUACCGAGACAAAUUUUAUCUUGCUUUCAACUUCCCUUUCAUACAGUGAUAUUUCUCAUUGGGCCCUUGACUCCUUCUGAUGUUGCAACUCCCCUCUACUACCCCUUGAACAUUGCACCACUUUGGUCUUUUAUUUAUUUAAUUAUUUUAUUUAUUUUCAGGGUCAAGAUAGAGGCUACUGGUCAAAGCAUGCCCCACAACUUGUUCAGUACGUAAUAUUAGUCUGUAAUUAUGAUUAUAUACAUGUACUAGGUAGACCUGUGUUUCUGAGUUGCCACACUUAAGCCUCUGUUCCAAAGCCAUUGAUAUGCAAAUGAUUUCAUUCCCAUGCAAAUAAAACUCAUUUUCAGAACAAAAGUUUGGCUUUUCAUCAUCAGAAUUUAGGAAUUAUCAUUAUUUUGAAAUUCAUUCAUUAAAUCUACAUUUCUCUUUAGUUUACUCAUUCAUGUACGUAUUAUAUUGAUUAUUAUAUACAUAAUUAUGAUUACCGUAAUGAUUAUACCAGCCAUUUGUUUGGCAAUUAUUUCUUUGUAAAAAUAUUGAGUAAGGUAAUUUAAUGAAUCUCUAGGUCUGCAUUAUGUAUAGUAUGGUCUGUACAGUCUUUUUGUUUCUGACUAUGUCUUCCUAUAAAAGACCUGAGGAUCAUUUGGUUCUUCAGGUGGUUGACGAAACCUGGGGUUCCUGUGGAGCUACAGACACUAUCACUUGGGUCUUUGCAGUUGCUGAUGCACGUGGAUGAUAACAUAAUAUCACAAGGUAUUUAAACCUUCCACGGUUUUUCAACUUUUGCUUGGGACCAGUAAGUGGCUGAUACCUGCCUUAAAAUUAGUAAAGAUGCCAAGUUUGAACGUGAUUUGUUGAAAACUAACAAAUUAAUAGAGCUACUCAAAAACGUUUCUCAACUUUGUGGAACAAUAUCUUCACUCACUUCUAAUUUGGUCACUUUUAACUUGGUAGGUUUCCUAAUUUUAAGGCGUUCUUCCCAGCAGUGUCAAUGGAAAUUUGCUAACUGGUUUUUAUCAACCACGGAAGGGUCUAUUGAUGUCACAUCAGUUACUUGGGUUUAUGAAAAGCAGCUUUGCUAAAUGCAAUGAGAUCAUGUAAAUACUGUGCUGUCAUAAUAUGGAUUUAUUGUCUUACAGUGUAACUACUAUUAGCAGCAUGGAACUCUUGCCAUAACAAUUUUACCCUUAAGAAAAUAUCCUCACUAAAAUUCCCAGGGUUGUCAAAAGUAGCCGGCUGCCAGCGAAAAUCGCCACCUACUUGGUUAGUAUCAGCCAGCUACUCUGCUUGGCAUUUCUUUAUGGAUGGCCAUUUUUAAAUAAAAUAUCCCUGGACUAACCACUUACUUUGACAACUCAGCCGUCUACUUCAAAACUUUCUGACAACCCUGAUUCCAUCCAUUGUUGCACAGUUAAUUCAGAUAGCCCUAAUUCAGUAACAUUACAGACACAUUAUUUUGCACCAAAUGAUCUUUGUGUAGAUGAUGCUGGUGGAGUUAGUCGGCAGAUGGCUAACUGGCUAAAAAAUGCAAGCACAGUGUCAGCACCCAAUCCCCAUCAGAGACAGUUAUUUGGAGGAGGCAAGAGUAAGGGGGUAAGGAGUUAAGUCUCUUUACUUUAGAAAACUAUAAACUAUAUUGCACUUAAUAUCCUGUGAGCAAGCAGCUUUCCAGGGUUCUCUGGCGGCGGGGUGGGAAAAGGAAGGAGAGCUUGCAAGUACAUCUCUGUCUCUGGAAUUUGAAUUCCACCUCCAAUCCCCCCGUGGCUCCCUGUCAGAGAGCUGUCAGAUUUCCACCAAUCAGCCCGAAGUGAAAACGGGUGUGAACUUAAACUUGCCAAAGGUUAUGACAUCAUUACUAAUGUCAUCUCGGCCAAUCAGCAUUUUGCAUCAACUUUCUAGAUGCAGAUAUUCAAAUUCCAGAGAUGUAUUUGCAAGCUCUCUUUCCUUUUCCCGCCCCACCACCAGAGUGCCCCUGCUUUAAAUCAGGUUGUUGCAAGUUGUGUGAAUACUGACUUCUGAUUGGAUAAAAUUAUGUGGAAGUCACUCCAUACAUGGGAGUUAUAUCACUUGCUGUAAUUAAAGAAGGUUGCAUGGGUGCAACCGACAUGCUCAGAUUUAAUUGCAAAAAGUAGAACUACUCUCUACUGUCUGCCACAAUUUUUCACUUAACCUGCAACUACCUGUACGUUUGUUGCAAUUCAGAUUUGAUUCCGAGGUGGCAAAAUGCUUAGCAUUGCUUUUCAACUCAUUCUGCAGGAAUGUUGCAAAACAAUUUGGACGGUUUUGUUGCUUCUUUUAUCAUACCUUUAGUUAAACUUGGGACUGGCAAGAAACAAUCUGUUCUAGCGAUCAGAGUAAGACUUAAACCUAAGACUUCCAGAUUGGGAGUCCAUUGAUAUGCAAGCCACUGGGAAAUGCUGUGAAGGUCCAAUUUGAAGGUUCAUAUAGAAUUGUUUCCAUAGUGGUGUUGACUAGUAGACUAUUGAUGACAGUUGAAAGGUACUAGACACAUCCGUAUUUACAAAAAAUCUGAGGUAAUUGCAAUUAAAAUUGGCUGAGCUUUCUGCAUUAAUUGAAUAAUAUAAAUGUCUUGAUUAGAGUUUUGAACAUCCCAUUCAGAAGUCUGACCAGAUGUAGGAACUUGUAGUCUAAAAUUCAAUGCUCAUUAUGCAUGUGCCAAAAAUACAGAUUUGAAUUUCAUACUAGCAGUAGUAGCAAUGACUCAUAAUUUUAAUACUGGUAUGCAGCAUUCAAAUAUAGGUAAUCAAUUUGGCUAUGCCUCACCUUGUUUGACUGUAAAAUAUUUCCUUAAAUCUACACGUAACGAAAAAUACUAGGUAUUCUCAUUCCAGAACAAUAAUCUCUUCCAGUACAACCCUUUCAAGUCACCAAUCAUAUCAUCCUAAAGCUGUAAAGUCGCUCUAUCUGUGUUGGGUCACACUGAGAUGUGCAGCUAUGUAUGCACUACACAGGAUAACUAGUGUGUGGUUACCGGUACCUAUUAGUUAAUAAUAUAUUUUUUUUUUUGUUACAGUAUCAGCUAGUUGCCGAAGUAGAUGGAACAUCAUCAAGAUAUUUCUUCACUGUUUUAAGUAUUGGUAAGUGAUCUGGCAUGGAUAUGUGAAUCUUGACUAUUUUCAAGCUGUUUUACCUUACUAAUUAUUAAUUUCACAUUUGAUAUUCAGGAGGCCUAGGUUGGCUUCAAGAGGUGGGUGAUACAUUUCCACUGAUUAUUCUCCCUUGUUUUAUUUCACAGCCCAGUACUUUUUUCCCGAUCAAGUUUUGAACAUCCGCAGCUUUUCCAUGCUCAGAUCUUGGCUCCAACACCUUUCAUUUACAAGUAUAACAGCAGCAUCUUCUUCACCAAGGAGUCCCCAUUCACCACUGAUUUUUACAAGUCCCUCAAAUCCUGGUUCUGCAGAGAAUCUUAGCCAAUUCACUCAUUUAUCUGAUUCAUCUUCUCAUGACAUCCAGUCAAGCAUGGAUAAUGUUUCCAUUGGGUCACAAUCAUCUGCAGGGUUUACUAUCCCUGUUUUGCGUUCUUCUCCGCAAGAGAUAGGCAACCAGUCUUUGUCCCAAUCUCCAUAUUUAGGAAGAUCACCUGACAAAUCUGAUAAGGAAUCAUUGUCCAGUGACAGUGAGUCCAGGCCAGAGACUCCAUUGAGUUUUCCUCUUGAUGCUGAGGAGACUGGAGCCAAGAUUAAGUCAUUGAAAAUGCCAAAGAGUCUGAGAAGUCAUUCUAUGUUAAGUUUCUCUAAACUGUUUCCAUCAAGCCUACAUGGUGCGAAAACUGGGCAACAGGAGCUGAAGGAGAGAGCUUGUGAGUACUGCUUGAGACUGCUGGAACAAAGCGAAAGAAGUAAGUUUGCACGGCAUGUGAAAAAGUCUCAGACUUUCCUCAAAGCUAAGCUGAAAUCUUUACCAACAAUAAAAGUAAAACCCAACAAAUCUCAGUGUAUGUAUUUUAUUAUCCCCCAGGCUGCUUGGGACAGGAUCAACUAAUGCUCUCUUAUUAAUUUACACAAUUUUGUUAAAAUAAAAUUUCAGUCUUAGGGUGGCUUUUGUAGCUAGUUAUGCCUGCAGGUUUGUUUGAACAAUAAAAUAAUAAUUCAAGGGACAAGGAGAUGUUACAGGUUAAAAUUAAAUUCAGGUUAAAAUUUUUUAACCUAUGUUGAUUCUCAAUUUCCUACAGCUGUAUGUCUACUAGCCCUAAUUAUUCAUGAAUUAGGCUUAGGUUAAAUUUAUAGACACAGCUUUUAAGUCAUCUGAUAGGCCUUUAAAACAUCUUUUUUACAUUUAUUGUAGCUAACCAGUCACCCUCAAAUGCACAAGUCUUUAUAUUAAUGGUGUCAUUUUUUCACAGAACCAAGUAAACAACAAGAUGCCAUCUUAAUUGAGGCUGUAAGUUUUUAAACAUAAACAAUUAAUAUUUGACAUUGUUUUACAUUGCUAUGGUGUUCAGGGUGCAAAGAAAGUCAUUUUUACAGCUUGCCAUUCGGCCAAGCUGAAGCUAGCAUAAACUUAGCCCAAACGUCAUUUCAACUAGCCCAAAAAAUGUUUUGAUGAGCAGAAUUGAUUUUACAGUUCUUCUGUAAAUUGUAUUCCUCAAAAAAUGUCACUUGCCCUUCGGGCAAGUUAAGAACAGAAUUCACUAGCUCGAUAGCAAAAUCCACUAGCCGCAGGCUAUCGGACACUACUUUCUUUGCACGCUGGAUGUUGAGGCAACAGCAGCUAAACAAGAUACGUUUAUAAGAGGCUCCCUUUUUAUUCUUAAUAAUUAAUAAACAGUGGAUGCUGUAGAAUCUGUAAGGGUUAUAAUCACUUUGCUUCCCUCUAUUGUCAUCAAUGCCGAUUUUAAUUUUUUAACAAAUGUUUUUAAUCAGGAUUUAUUUUUUCAGUGUCUUGUUGAAGCUAUCUACAUCUUGGAUACUCUGUGCUCCACAGACAAGUCCUUAGUACCUAAACUUAUCGAGAUCAUCAGAAGAAUGUAUGCUCGAGUCACCUCUGACAGUAAAUGGAAGCGGGUCCUAAUCCCUCUCGUUCAAUUUUUUCUCAAUCAUGGUGAGUAUACUGUAGAACAUUGGCUUUUGCUUCAGUUAUUAUUAUUUUGCCAGUUUAUUUGGUUUGGAGCUAAACGUUUUCUUGCUUGUUCUCAAAGAAAAUCAUCAACCCUGGCCAAGGUCAACAGCUCCCUGUAAGAAGCCUUCGUCUCUUGAUUUUAGUUUAUUAACUUAGUUGCUGAGCUAGCCAUUUAUUUAGUACAUUUACUAAGUCAUGUAUAAUGCUAAAUACAUAGUUAAAUUUCCAGUGCUCUCUUUUCAACACCUCUCUGUUUUUGACAGUUCUGUUCAUCCUAAAGAUACAAAACUUCAUACAGUUGUAAAUGUGUAAUAUGGAAGUAAAGGGAAAAACAGAAGCGGGGUUAACUGCUUCUGGUAAAAACCAUUCUCAGGUUAAACCAGUAUUCACAAUAAUUUUAUUCAGAGUUUUCUUUGUUUCUUGGCCCUAAUUAUCUAUACAAGACAAAGGAAAUUCUGCUUUAACCCGAAAACGAUUUUUACCAGCAAUGUGGACACCCCUGAUGCAGACACUUUACUUGGUUCUAUCUAUAGCUUGAUCAUGAGAUGUACUGAGGUCGCUUGAUUAAACUCCCUUUACAGUGAGAGACCUUGGAACAUCUGAAAAUCAGACUAUUCUGUCGGAAAAUUUGAUGGUCAUUAGAGUUGUAUGCUUUUUUGGGAUUCUCUGACUUUGUGUCAGAUCCAUAUAAUAAUAAUAAUAAUAAUAAUAAUAAUAAUAAUAAUAAUAAUAAUAAUAAUAAUAAUAAUAAGCUGCUUUGCAUGGUUAAAAGGUUGGGCUACAUGCCCUACACAUACCAUCGCGGGCAUGUAUGAACUGUAUGAGCAGUUGUUACCUACGAACAUUCUAUGCAGGUUAUGUGGGAAGGUCUGAGACGUUGCAUUCUGGCUGGAUGUUCCUCCCUGGAAAAUUUGGCAUAAUGGUUUGAAGAUUCUGUUUUUUGCUCCUUGGGUUAAUGGAAGUUCCACCAUGGUACUCACCGGUGAUGCCAAAACCAGCCUUUUUUGGGAUAUUCCCAUCUAUGCAGAGCACAACGAAGUUAGAGCAAAUCGGAUCGACGACUUGUCCCACGAGAGGAAAGAAGUAUAAUAAUAAUGGAAUAAUAAUAAUAAUAAAAGCUGAAGCAGAGAUUUUAUAUAGCGUACUAUUCAGCUACUCUUUCAUAGCAGAAGUCGGUUCUCAAACAUUGAUUAUUUAAGUAAAUGGAAUAUAUCCUUUAACACCCAAGAAUUGUAUAACCCUUAUGAUUCCUUCUUCUUUCUAAAUUGUUUUUAAUGCUGUUUUUAGGAAGAUCCCUUUUUUACAAGUAUGAACAGAACUACAGUAUUCCAAAGUUUCAUACUGUAUACAAUAAUAAUUAUAUUAAAGAAGAUUAUGUAUGGAAUAUAUCCUUUAACACCCAAGAAUUAACCCUUUGAGAAGAAUCCUCAUGAACAGAACUUUUCCGUCAGAAGAAUGCUUUUCCGUCAGCGACACAGGCGGUUCGGAAGAAAAAAACCGAGUGCUCCCGUGUCGAACCUAUGGCUUUCUAAUUACUAGUCCAGAUGCUCUACCACUGAGCCACAGGGGACUUGUGGGAGAUUCUAGGCCACUAAACUACAAUACUCGUCACAAAUCGUUGAAACAGGAGCCAUUUGUCUUGAAUUUUCUCCAAAUUUCUUACAUUCACUCUUCACACCUUUGUUCUCACUCAAAUGUACCGCUCUCCUUCCCCAAUGUUGAACCAAGUGUAUUUUGGAGUAUUGAAAUGACUGCAAACCCAAAUCAACAUUGGGGAGGGAAAAAUCACACACGUGUUUCAAGAUUUGUGGCGAGGAUUGUAGGUUCAUGUGACAAACAUCCUGCAUACUUCUAGGACUAGAAUGUCUAACUUUGUCUUGCUCUUCUCUGAUCCCACGUGUAUACUUACGUUAAAAACUCUGACUGUGAACAUGUCAGUCUGACGAUAUUUUCUCCACAUUAGCUUGUAACAGAGUUUUCCAUAGGUUACUGAUCAAUGAUUCAUUGAUUUGCAGGUGAAACAGUUAUGUCCGACCCUGAACCUGCCUGUAAGACAUUGCUCGGUCCUGUGCUGAGUUCAUAUUACUCUAAGUAUGUAAUUAUUUAUUUUUAUUGUCACUUGUCAUUUCGCAAAUCUAGCAAUUAGCUCUCAAAGUUGGCUAACCUGUAUUUAAAGAAUAAUAGUAAUUGUGUGGCCAGGAGAUUUUGUGCAUGUAGUUAUGUAGCAAUCAUCGAGAGAAAGCUUUGCUUCGCCAAUGAAAGAUUAGUUCAAAACUUUACACUGUAAAACAGAAAGAUCUGUUUUAGCCCUAAAAUUGGGACCGUUUCGGUGAGUAAAAUGCAGUCCUAUAUUUGAGUCUAAUUUGGCUCCCUUAAAUCAGGGCCAAUAAAGUGCAAUUAGCUAGGGCUGAUUUGGUACCAAGCGCUGAAAUGGGCCUUAAGCGUUGGCUGGAGUAGCCUUUUGAUUGAGCUGUUUUGGCCUUAAUCAGUGUGCUCAAAUGGCUCCAGAAGGGGCUGAAUCAGACUUUGGCCUGCAGCGGUGCUGGAUUGGCACUUUGGAGCUGAAACAGAUCUUUUUAAUUUUCAGUGUAGUGUAGCAAAAUUAAUCUUGUGCUCUGGUCGGUUUCUCGAGGGGACACGAUGGACCUAUCUUACAUGAUCGGGGUUUCCCGCGUUUGUCUCGCAAAUCAGAUAAAAAGUCCGUUGUGUAUUUAUUCCUUUUUAUAUUUAUUUAAUCUAGGUUUAACGAACUUGGUCAUCUUGGCCAUCUUGACCACGCUUGGUCACAUUCAUAUUUCCGUUCUCAAAAAAAAAAAUACGUGUAUUGGUGUGUUAAAGAGCAGUUUUUUUUUGCGACAUCGAUACUUCGGUACUGUACCUUCGCGUGGCUCGGAUGAUCACAUACAAAAGGCCGUCCCGUCUUCAGAAGAAGACACAAAAGCAGUUUCCUCAUUUAGUAAUUUCAUGUUAGAAACAUUGACACUUUAAUAAAGUUCUUUUCUCUCUCUUUAUAGCACUUCCCUUGCUUUUGAUAUUAUUUUCUUUUGUGUGGAAAACUUGGAGAAACUGUGCUUUUCAACCACUAUUCUUUCAAAAUACUAUCCAAAUUUGUUAAAGGUGAGUUUAGCAUGCAUCUAAUACAAACUAGUUCAUCAGUUUCCUGUUGAAUCUUAAAAUGUGGCUAUAAAAGUAUACAUGCACUGAGAACGACCGAUAAAGUUCGAGACUUACUCCCAAAUAUCUGUUUCUAUUUAUUCAUUAAAACCCAUAAUUUCAAUCCGUUUUAAUCUUCUUCAAGUUUGUUCAUCCAGACCUAAAUUUGUCUUUGCUGUGUGUUAUUUUAAAUUUAGGACUUCUUUUAAUUUUUGGAGCGGUUAUUUUUAUGUUUCACUCAAUUUGGUGGCAGUUGCUACUGUUAGAAUUUUGUUAAAAUUCAUGACGUAGCUCCUUUAAGUGUGAAUUUUUUACGUACUUAACUCGACUCACCUAAUACCGACUGCAUCUUAGUAUUGCGCGCUCUCUGUCCUUUAUUGGUUUCUGCUUGUAAUCAAUCUGUUUUUUGAAUACAUGGUUACUUCUGGACAUUUGUUUUCUGUUUAAUGUGUUUUCAGAUACUGGCGUGGCAUCCACGGACGUAUGUCAAAGAGUUUAUGGACAUGUUACCCGCCAUGUUGAACAAGGACACUGUGAUAGAGGUAUUACAUUGUGUUCAGUUUUUUAUCAACACCAUCACUACCCUGCGAGCAGUGGUUUCUCCAGGCUGGACGCUACGCUAAGAAGGGAGAGGAACCCCUGCGAGCAACCGUUUGCUUUUCCAUCGAGUACGCGCGUCCAAGUGACACCUACGCCGUUUCGUCCGCCUCAGGUCCGACACGUGUUCGGCCGAAGGCUUGACCGAAACCGGAAACCGCGUUUGAAAAGCCUCUGGCACCCAGGGUAGUCAAAUGGCUGUCAAACUUACUUCACGAACCAUUUUUCGCGCCAACCUUCUGCAAAUUAAAUUCAAUCUUCUGCAGACGUAACAAGUCGAAAUCUCUUAAGUUCUCCGCUAGCUCCUUACGGUGUGAGAGACUCCUUACAACUGAGUUAACGUGUUUAGGAAAACACUGUCCCAAUGUGUGCUUUCUGACGUAAAGGAAAUAAAACUGAAUAAAGCUUUGUACGCCUAAGCAGAAAACGGAUAUUAACCAUGCAAUAAAAUUUAACAAUGUUUCAAUUAAGAAAGAACAAGCAGUCCUUGAAUAUAACUAAAAAUUCCUUGUUCACGGAUAACCUGAGAUUUUCCAUUUGUCACAUUUGAGAUGCUACAAAGCUUAUUCAGUACUUCCCUUUUAUACGUUAACUCUAAACAGGCGAAUGUUCGAAUUCACUUCUUAAACUCAGUAAUUUUUUAACAAAUCGCCACCUUCGGUCAGCUUUUCUUCGCUCCAUUUGGUAAAUAAAUAUUCAGGUGGGCAAUAGUAAGUUAGUGCGAACCAUGUAAGUAAUUACUGGUCGGGAAUUACCGCUAAUAUUCGGCCUGGGCCCAGUUGUUCGAAGGCCGAUUCGCGCUAACCCGAGGUUAAAUUUUAAGCCGGGUUUCUUUGCCUAUUAUUCGAAAGCAUUUUCUCGGUAAUUUUCUCUAUUCCUUUAAGAUCAUCCAAUCAUCAUAUUGUAGAUAAAGAGAAUUUAACUGAAUAUGCUUUUUAAGCUUUCAAGUCUGAAUUCAAAUUUUGCACUAAUCCUGGGUUACUAGCAAACUAGCGCGCGCGAUCGAAUUUAUGAGCCGCGAGCUGUUCUUUGCAUGACGCAACAAACGAAACAGAAAAUCGUCAUAGACGACGAUUUGCUAGAGAAAAGACAGCUCUCCUCAGAUGGCUUGAGACGGUUAGCGUCAAAGAUGGAAAUACAGAGAUUUGUUUUGAGUUGUUUAUUCCAAGUGACUGUUAUCGUCAUGUUGUUUCGUUGUGUUGUGUUAAGUGUUGUGAAAGCAGUGGAAAGCAUGGCGAGAAAGAUUCAGCAGGAGUUUGAUGUAUUUUGCGAGUAUCACGCGGACAAAAAUUCACUCGUAUGGGACGAAGGACAUCUGUUUGAAGGAUUUAUAAAAGGAAAGGACUAUAUUGUGUGUGUCCAGAGCAGGAAGAAAAAAAACCACUUUCCUCUUCCAGUGAAGACCUGGAAAGGAUUUUCGGUGAUUUCCGCUCCCCUGUCAUAUGAAGAGUGUUCUCCAAAAAACAUUUUUCUUGAAAGUCAACUAUCUACUUAUCCCAAUACAAGAAGUGAACGGAAAAGUCGUGACUUUGCCCCGCUUGGUGCCUGUGAGAAAGAUUUUUGUCAGCAAAUAACCAAAGACCGUAUGACAGACCUGAAGAAAUCUGGAGCGUUAAGAGGAAAGGACGCUCACUGCAAAAAUACGGUUAAAGAAAUUACACCAGUCAGCGCAAGUAAAAGAAAUCACGCCGAUACUGCCAAUGCGUCCGUGGGAAAUGGGCUAGUUAACCCAACUGUAAAGAUGCGACGGUAUGCAAACGUUGCAGAACGCAAACAGGGUAAGGUAUCAGAAAGUUGGAGCUCAAGGAAAGAUGCCCGCCGCCGCAAGAAAAAGAAGUUUAGAAAACAACGACAAUUUGAUGCAAAUGUCGAAAGGUGGAGUGUGCAGUCAUCAGAAGCGAAAAUAAAGCCUGUUUCAUCCAGCUCUUUUGGACUGUCAAAGAAGAGGAAAGCUGUUCAGCAAGAGCCAGUUAAUGUUAAAAAGAUGAUGAGCGGUAAACGUCCCCUUCCGUUCGCUUCUGUAAACGAACAUUUAUUUGAAGAGACAACGAACCACAAGCAGGAAAUGUUAUUGGCUGCAUAUUCCGUUGCCGAACUCGCGUCUCUCUUGGAGCAACUCUCAAUUUCCAAAUCUACAGAUCUCGCUGAUUGUGGUGCGGAACCGUCCAGAGUACAAGAGGAGUCAGCUAGUGAUGUUUCUGAUUACACGGAUUCGGAUACAGAUAAUGAUGAUGAUGAUGACACUGACGAUGCUGAAUAUGAUUUGUUCCCCGAUUUGUUCACCGAACUGAAGAGUUUGCCUGUAUCAGCUGAGGAGGCUGGCGAUGCUUUUGAUUACACGGAUUCAGAUUCUGAUGAUGACCCUUACGACGCUGAAUAUGAUGUGUUCCCCGAACUGAAGAGUUUGCCUGAGCAAGUUUUGAUGAUCAUGCAGAUGUUGCCGUAGAACAUUCUCCUAAAGUUGUUGGUGAACCUUCUUUUAAGAAAAACAAAAAUGAAACGAAGUGUAUCGUGUUAAUUGUAGUGUCUUCUUUCAGCAAUACCCUAUCAUCGAUUUUUAUACUUUUAAGUUAGAAGCUAAGCCUGUCAUUGAUCAUACAACGGACAGUAGUUACGUUCUCAGUCGUUAAAUUUAUGGUGUCUAUUUUUUACCUAUCUUUUCUUGAGCUAGCUCAAGUAUUUGUAACACGAGACUGUUAAGAAUUGUACAGAGGGAAUGGGGGUUGUAAGUAUAAAGUAGUUAAAUAACGUUUUAGAGGAAAUAAAGUUUUGAGCCUUACUAGCACGAUUAGUCCCAUUUAUUUCGUUUAGUUAUAAAACACAUAUGCAUGAAGAGCUGCGUGCAAAGUUGACAGUGAGUGAUUGCACUUGCACUAACUGCCGAGCCGUGGACCAGAUAGCGUUAAAAAAACAGCCGGGAACAUUUUGCGGCGCCAUCACUAGUUUACCUGCGAAAUGACUGUAGAAAUUUUGUACUGAUGACGUGUCACUACUCAAAUCUGGCUUGGGCUUCUGAUUGGUUGGUCGUGGCACGACCAAUCAGAAGCACUACCCAGAUCUGGAUAGUGACACGUCAUCAGCAUGGAAUUUCUGCAGUCGUUCCUCAGACGUCAUUUCGCGGGGAAACCAAGUGUGGCGUCGUGAAAUCUGAGGCUAUGGACCAGUCUCUUCAUAAUUGACGUAGAUUGCCGGCAUGAACGCGGCAUCAGUGAGUGACGCAAACCUAUAGACAACACGCGUUUCCCGGGCUUGGGAAAUGCUGAAGGCGUUUACUGGGUCUAGUUUAAAUUAUGCUUCGUGUUUUUGAGUUCUAAAUGUGUUGUAACAACUUUGGGUUGGUUUUACAUCACUCAAGGAAAAAAAAUCGUUUUUUGUUCGUGUGUUUUUAGAUGUUUCAUACCCUACUUGACCUGCCGUGCCUGGCGGCAGCUUUGUGCACUUCAUGGGCUGUUAAAGGUGAGGUAAAUUCUAAACAGAAGGAAUUUCCGUAGUACUUUAAAUAAUUUUUCUUGAACAUUAAUGAAUAACAAUUGUUUCAAAAAUAUCUGUUGUAAAAAAAGCUUCUGGUCCCAGUUGUUUAUAAGGGAACAACGCUGUCUAACGCUAUUCGCCGGAUAAAUCUCUAUCCAGUGGAUAACGCAAUUGAUUUCCCUAAAAUUUAUCCGCUGUAUCCGGUGGAUAGCUCUAUUUAACUUUUGAACAACUGGUGCCUGGCCUUAUUUGUGCAAAACAAAAGGUGGUAACGCUAUCCACUAGAGAAAUCCCUGUCCAGCGGAUCUGAGCGCAUUUCGUUUAAUAAGUUAUCUUCUGGGUAGUGAAUUAUCUGGUAGAGAGCGCUUUCAAACAUUUCAACAUCCGGGUAGUUGUAGUUUUAGGUUUUGAUGUUCUCUAAAGGUACGGUAAAGUGGGCAACAAGACACGUGCAACUUGUUUUGCAACAUCACCGCGAAACGAGUUGAAUAGCGUUGUUGCGCGUUUUCCACCCACGUUUUAAUCUGUCUUGCAACAAAUAAGGUUGCAAGGGUUUUUUUUCGUGGGUGGUAAAACGCGCAACAUCGCUAUUUAACUCGUUUUGCAGCAAUGUUGCAAAACAAGUUGCAAGUUUUUUUGUUGCCCGGCUUACUGUAGCUUAAACGUAAUCUUUGUUACCUGACUUUAAACUUCUCGUUACCAGGAAAAACAAGUAGUGGAGACAAGGUGAGUUUGGGUCUGCAGUCCUCAGCUGAUGCAUUUCUGGAGCCAAAGUACAGACCUCUGUUCAGCUUUAUUAUGAGGCCUGAAGCAGGACAAGGGGAUACUAUAGACAAGUAAGGAACGUUAAACUAGUCCUCUGAUAAAAUUCCAAAGGCGCGAUACUAGUAAGCAAACGCAACAGGACGGCAGAAAGAACAGGAAGUGUGAAAAACGUAACAGGGCUGUUACUUACGAGUUUUGCCGUGAUCUUUACUUUAAAAUACUGUCUUAGGGUCCUUAGCGAAAGAUCCUUUUUUAACCAAGGUGAAGUUUGACGCAAAUUAUUUCAAAAAUAGUUAUGUCACGCUUGUCACACAGGGUUUGUCGUCUUCUUUCUCUCUCCGUCCCUUCUUUCUCUCUGCAUAUGUUCACAAGUUACUGCACUAAACCUCAUGACGGUUAGACUACUGUCUCCUUUCAGCCAGAUAAUUUGUUAACCGAUAUGUGUCGUUUAAAGACAGGCUAAAUCACGUUUAAAUGUCGUUUAAACAUCGCCCCUUCCGUCGUGUGGAGGGUUAUUCAGUUUCUUGUUUAGGGUGUUUUCAGUGCGUAAUCCUUUCCACGAUAAAAAAGAGAAUGAACCAAUUGCUUUUACCUCGCGAUUAUUCUGCCAUUCUGGAGCUCAUCAUAGUUUUCACUGCCUUGAUUUUCUUAACUGGUAAUGUCUUGGCUUUUGUAGAAAACUGUAGUCAUUGUAUUUCUUUAGGCUGCGAGCAGACACACAUGUGCGAAUUCGGGGAAAAUUUUGGCCUGGGUGGCCAAAAUUUCUCCAAGUUUCUUUUUUUCUGUUCUGUUGAUAUCAUUUCUUAAGAGAAGUUAUUUUGCAUGAUUUUUCUGUGGUACGAAUCUUUUGAUUGGCUAUCAUGCAUAGGCUCAUGCAGCAAAAUUGCGUUUCUUUAUCAAGAAAACUAAUUUAAUUGGAGAUCGUUCUACUUUACAUUUCAUGUUUUCAGACUCCCAACUCUCCAUUCUCUAUUAGAGGACAGGCUGGAACUCCCUCGUGUUGUCGUGUCUGCACAAAUUGCUCCAGUCCUGUUAAAGUAAGUAGUAGCGAGAGUCAGUUUCGUUUGGCGCAAAUUUCAUGCGAAUUACUAGUUUGCAGCUGUCAUGGAGCUGUAUUGGUUGACAAGAACCUCUGCUGAGCUCUUAAACUCUAAGGAAAUAAACUCUUUUUUACUUUCAAAUUCUGUGAAAAAAUGUAUGGUUUUGUCAGCCAAAAUGGCUGCGUUGUCACGUGUUUGCAAACCAAGAAUAUACUCAAAAGCGUAAAUGAACAGUUCACCAAGCACAUCUCCUCGGUCCUCAGUCUCGUGUCAUUUGCAAUAUGUUUAUAUCCACUUUUGAACUUCUGAUCAAAGUUUGAGUGAAAGUAAUGUCAUUCUAUUCUAUUUACCUUCUUUACUUAGUUUACCGCAAAGUUUUGGCGUGAUGCGUUUGCUUUCCGUCUCCAGCUCCCUUAGUUACCCAAAAGCGACAUGAAGUUGCCACCGUUCUAUUUUCCUUUCAGUUCGUAAUCCUCGAGCAAGCUCUCGAAGAGGGAUUUGGUGAAAAAAAUGCUUUCUUUUUUUGAUCUUAUCCCUCAUCCCCGUCUAAUCACGGACCAUUCAGUUCGUUGUUCACCCGGAAUCGUUUGCAGGUCAAAACUUCCUUAAACCGAGACUCGCCUUUACCACCACCACGACACAGCACACCAGUGCCUCCUUGUAAUUUACCUCAAUAGGACAAUUGCACGAUGACGAUGUUUGACAACAACUACCAGAAUUCAUUUCGGUUUUGCUUUGUUAUUUAAAUUUGUCAAUCCCGCUGAGGAUUAAAGAACAACAACCUUAAUUUGCACAAGAAAACAACAAACUCAAGGAUUAUGGUAGUUGUAGUAAAAUGACGUCAUCGUGCAAUAGUCCUAUUGAGAUAACGUUUUCAACGUAGUCAGCACUUGUUUAGAAGUGAAUGAAGCCAGUCGUUACACCCAUUACUAUUACACUUAACCAAUACCAUACCGUAAAUCCCUGCCACCAUAUGAACUUAUUUUUGUCCCGUUUGUUUCAGCGUUAUGUUUUCCACCGUUCUUGAAGAAGCCGAUGAGGAGACUGUAAGUCGCAUGGUACCCGUUAUACUGGAGAGAGUAGGACUACUGUAUCCCGUACAACACUACCAACAAGAGAUUCACGAGUAUGUACAAUAGCGGGAGUAAUCUUGUGUUUGCUCCCAACCUUUGUGGCUGUGGGUCCAUGACGUCUUUGACUUCAGUAAAAACCCGUGUUUAACAUCCAAUACUUUCUGUCUUAGCCUCACAAGGUUUUAAAAAUUGUAGUGUGUCUAAGAAGAAUGUAGGUUGAUUAGGUUUUAACCCUAUCACACAUAAUGGUGCUGCCAAGGAAAAAUUCACUAAAAUAUUUAUAUUACUUUUUGGAAAAUCCAAAGAAAUAACCAGUACUACACCAACAUUCUGCCAAAGACGUUUCAUUUGAAUGGUAACACCAUAGGAUUUCAUCUACUGACUCAAAAGUUAGAACAACAUACUAAAUAAAUAGUACCAUGUGAAAGUACUGCUAAAGAGGUUUCAUUUGAAUGGUCAAACCAUAGAAUUUCAUCCACAGACUCAAAAGUUAGUACUACAUACUAAAUAAAUAGUACCAUGUAAAAGUACUGCUGAAGAGGUUUCAUUUGAAUGGUAACACCAUAGAAUUUCAUCCACAGACUCAAAAGUUAGAACAGCAUACUAAAUAAAUAGAACCAUGUGAAAGUACUGCUGAAGAGGUUUCAUUUGAAUGGCAACACCAUAGGAUUUCGAGUGUCAGUGAUCCCAGGUGUGAACAGGUAAAACAGAUUUAUGUUUUUGCCGAAGACAAAAUGGUUGUCUUCCCUUCUUUAAUAAUAAUUAACUUUUCAUUAUGUAUAAUACAAUCAAGCUCUGAGCAAACAAACAUCCUUAUCAAUGUCCUCUGAGGUUUAACUGAAUUAAACUCGUCUGACUAUUGUUUUUUAGUUUCCUGGUUUUCCAAAUUAUAAAAGAACAUGCAUGACGUAAAGGCUCAACAGGGUCACAUAAAUUGGGGGUCCAAAUCCCCAAAUUGUAGCCUAUCAGGUUCUUAAUUAGUUAGGGUCUAAAACACGGGUUUUAUUACAGGCUUUAUUGUUUUACUGUGGUGUUGUGUAAAGUUGGUUAAACCUCAAGCUUAACCAUAACCUGCGAACAAGCUCUCCAAUUAUGGCAAAGUAAGCCACGAGGGAACAUGCGAGCUAGCUUACUCGCGUCUCCUUUUGCGUGCGGCUCUCGCGUGAAUUCUCGCGACUCUCCCAAAUGCAGAGGUUGCCCGCGGGCUAGCUUAACCGCGACAGGAAAAAAGCUGUUGGUCAGUUUAUUUUUUCUUACUGUUGGAAAAAUGUUUGUUGUAUUUUUUAGAUUAUUAUCGGAGAGGUUGGUUCAACUUUGUCAGAAAUAUCCAAACCUGAUUGUCAAGUAUCAACAAGAUAUCAUGGACUUUAUAAGCGGCCUGAAAAACCUAGGACCAACCAAAGAAGACUUUUUUGUUCACUUAGUAAGAAGAAUACAUCAUCUUUUGAACACGUUUAGGUGUUGUAAGAUGUACUAUAAGGAAAAUGGUGGACGAGUUGUUUUCAUUGAUGUGGUGGUAAGCAAUUCGGCCCGAGUUCCUCGAAUGUCUACCGGUUACUGCCAACCUAUGCAGGGUUAAAAGUUUUGUUUAGUUUCUUGAAGGCCGUGUUUAGGGUUAACCCUGUGUUAAAGCAAGCAGCUAUCUUUGGAGCAAAAACAGUUAGUUUUAUGAAUUGAGCUGUUUUAAUUAAUUUGUAAUCGCUUCCGCAACACUACAUUUUCUUUUUUUAACUAAACCCUUCAUUCAUCCAUCGAGCAACCCUGUCUGGAGUGCUUACCAUUUGUCAUUUCGUUUAGAAAGGUCCAGAAAUUAUUGGCUACCAGUUAACUAAGGUAGACUUGAUCAUGUUAUGAUGUGAUUUGCCCUGGGCACGUGACCUACAUGAGUGCUGGUGGUAGGUCGUGGUACAAUGUAACUAUAGCCUCGUAAUGGAAAAGUGUUGAGUUCAACUCCCUGUUGACGAAAUUCAUCUGUUCUCGUUUUACACCUAGAGCUAUUCCUUUGGAGUUUUGUUUGCUCCACAAAACACAUUUUUUACUCUAAUUUCAUUCAAUUUUCACAUUUGUUAAGAACCUCGAGUUAUAUUGUCGGAAAACAAGACUCAAACUUGUGUGAAUUUCUUGUCUUCCCGACAGGUUUGGGUCAUAGGAGAAUAUGCGUCCCCUGCGCAUGACAAUGGAUGUACAGUUCAAAAUAUUGUACACUAUUUUGAGGUAAGCUCCUUUUCCUGACCAUUGAUUUAUGUUUCAAUCUUUUUCUCUUUCCUUACGUACUUCCACCAUUUGCCGUCACAUCGAACUGAGAAUUUGAAAAAGUACUUUGACGUACCUUUUAAAAAGGUGCAUUUUUCGCUUUCCGCGAUCAAAAUAUUGGACUCAUGGUAUUCAGGGCUCGAAAUUGCGCCCGAUACGGUCGCAUUUGCGACUUAAUUUUUCUUAUUUGCGACUAGAAAAACGAGAGUAGUCGCAAAUUUGCGACUAGGUUUUGCCUUAACUGAUACGAAAUAAAAGGACUAGCACUUGAAUUUUUGCUUAAAUAAAUUUAGAAAUAAAAAGAUUCAUUGAAGUAGCGUCUUAUAAUUUUGUUACAAUCUGAAAGUUUACCGUAAUUUACCUGGAAUGCAUACACGCAACGAUAUUCCUUCAACAGCACGCCAUUUUCAGCGGGUUCUGUAACCAUGUACAUUGCAGGCUCAUAUUUCGUUUUGAUUUGCCGCUGACAGUCCCGCCAGCAUGCUGAGGACUGCUGAGGACGUUUCCCGCGUUUAUGACCCGCGUUACGGCCCUCACAGUACACAUGUGUUCUUCUUUAGUGAGUCAAUUAUGUCGGAUGAAAGCGACUUAAAUUGUUUCAAAGGUCACAUUUUAAACGAAGAAAUCGACCGAGCGAAAGUUAUAUACUCAAGAAAACAAGAGGAAUUCUCACGUUUAAUCAGUCAGCAGCCAAAACCAAGAUACAGUAAUCUUCCUAGAGAUGAAUCUACGUAUACACUCGUAUACAUGAAAACGAGAUUUAGCAAACAAAGAUGGCGGAAUGUCCGCAUGGCACGUAUCGUCGUAUUGAAUGAUUCAGUCCUUCAGGGUUCUUUGAAUAAUCACUGUAGUAACACCCCUGAUACUUCAGAUGUAAAGCUUAAUGUAUAAAAGAAUUCGUUACUUGUUUUGUCAUCGGUGGAAAACCUGCAAAAGGUAAAACUAAAGGAAUUUAGUUACGUAACGUAACCUAUAACCAUGUCGGAUGUCCGCCCAGUACAAAUGUUAUUGCUAUUUUGCAGAGAUUGGAGGCAUUUAAGAACUGCGGUUUCCUGCUGUAAUAUCUGUUCAUGAUUUGGAAAUCUAUCGCUUUGACUAAAAUAACAGACACUAAUUUAUGUGCCUUAACGCAGGUUCAACUUGAUCGUUUAGAUGAACUGGUGUUGUCCGAGACGCUAAACGUUCUGUACUAUUAAGUCUCGAAAUGACAUGAAAGCUGUUGAAAAAAUGAAAAUUAAAGCGUUAAUCAUUUAAAAGCCUACUUAUUUCUUGAUUAAAUGGCCUCAAUUAAUUUCGCGACUAACAUUUUCAAAGUUGCGACCAAAUUUUCGUAACUAGUCGCAAAUUUGCGACCAGACAUUUUUUUUAAUUUCGAGCCCUGGUAUUAAAGCUAGGCCUUCUUUUUGCUCACGCCUUUGGUCAGGAUCAUGCACAUCCAUGCUAACAGAUGGAUGGCUCACUAGUUGCGACAAAAACUGGAUCCCACAUGAGAAGAUGCGUUAGCACGUUGGUCAACCUAUAUCCUUGCCGAUUAAUGUGCUCUUUUUUGAGGAAAUAUUUGUUUGUUUUAUUAUUUUUUCUAGGACACGCUUGCUAAUAAAAUGUUAACUAAAGACCGUUUUCAGGCUCGUGGUCAGCAUCUAUCGAAAUUUGUUGAAAUGAAGGAAAGCGUUUAAACAAGAAAAGAGUUUCUGUGUUUUGGAACUCCAAUACGGCCGCCGUGGCUUCAUGUGGAAACGCUCCUUUGUUUUUGUAUUUAAUCACAUCUCCAUCGCGUUUAAAACUUGCUUAUGUAUUUUAAAUUUUUCCCAGGCAUUUGAAGCGUUAACUUAUGAAGUGGUAUUGCAAACUGCGCCAGGAAAGGUAAAGGAAGAUUUAAUUUAUCUUCGCUUUGUUUACCUUGUGUCUGUGUUGUUAUAAUAAGCCUUAGAGAGCUUUAACAAAAUAUAUUGUGCCUAAUGACCGUUGUUGCUUAGAUCUGUUCGUCUUACGGGGUUUUCGUUCAUCAAAUCAACAAACAAAUGAAUGAACUACAUUUUUUUAGGUUCAACUGCUUACUAGGUUGUUCACUCAACAAUGAAUACCAUAUCCACUUUCAUUUUUGUCAUCUUCAGUCCAGACACUCUUCAUUUCAAAUAUUCUAAGCAAGGAGGAUACUCCAUAAAAGCCUUAAUGCAUAGAUAAGCCCUCCUAAGUUAUAUUUUGUCAACAAAAUGGCGAAAACUGAAAUUAACGUGAUAGGUUUAAACAGCGUAAAAAUCCAUUUGGAGGGGAGUUUUGGAAAUCUUGAUGUAUUGCUGGUAGAAAGACCUCACAAAUUUGGCACCAGAUUUUGGGGCUAUUUUCGUGGGAUAACUAAAACGCUUUGAUCUCUUUUACCCGUAGUUCACGUGAUUUAGUUAACAUGUAAAGCACACGUGUUCUACCCUUGACUAGUAUCCAGAUUAGCCCACUUGAUAACCGAGGCAGCAACGGUAUCGUUUUAAAGGGCAGUAAUCCAUUUUUGCGCUGCAUAACAUUUCAGGUCUCGUUCAGUGGACGACUGGUUUCAGUUUUGAUGACAACUUUGGCAAAGGUAAGAGCUGGAAACAUAAAUUUUGCCCCUAAUAUCUGCAUGUAAAUGGUGAGGAGAACGUGUUGUCCCCUAACGUGGCUCGUCUGGCUUUAUCAGGGGGUUAAGUGUUUCUGUAAUCAAAUGGUGACGAGUGAAAUUAUUCCCUGAAAUAACGCGCGGUUUGUCCAAAUUCUAAUUAAGGCUCGGGAAAAUAAUCACGAUUUGGACAAAACGCAAGUGAAAUUAUUCCCUAAUUUCACGGGUGUACCAUUUGAUUGCCUGUUAAUAUCAUGGGAGACAAAUUACGCUCACAGUUGUGGGAUUUUGACAUGUUUAUCGUAUCCGUAAAUCGAAAACUCCACUAAAAAUUUAUCGUUGCUCAAGAAUAGGCGGCCCAUCUCUCUCUUGAAUGUAGAUUACAAGUUAGAUUGCCACCAAAGCUCUUGCCUUGAAAAAAGUCCUCCCAGCAAUCAUAAGUGACGCACAAACGGGUUAUAUUGAAGGUAUGUUUAUCGGAGAAAAUAUCCGGGUGAUAUCAGAUCUUAUACAUUUUAUAGCAGAGCAAAAUCAAGAAGGCAUCGCCCUUUUUAUAGACUUCGAAAAAGCUUUUGACAGCUUAGAGUGGGCGCUCAUCGUAACUCUUUGGAAACACUUCCCCAUAUGUUAGUCAAUUUUACUGAAAUUAACAGUUUCUCUAUGAUUACAAUCCAGAAGACAAAAGAACUCUAAUUUUCAAUUAUUUCAUUCUCCUGGGAAAGAGACACAUCUUUACUCAGAAAUUCGAACAGAAAACCCCGAACAUUGACCUGUUUUUUGACUUUGUUAAAGGCAAGUUAAUUGUACAUAAAUGUAUAUUCUAAUCCAAAGGGCACGGAAUUAACAAGUUUCACUCUCUGAUUAAUUUUCUUUUUGUUACUGGUGCUAGUAGUGUAAUUUAUUUAUUUAUAUAUUUACUGUCUUGUUUUGUAGUACAUUGUAAUACCUUUUAUAUCUGCAAUAACGUUUUUGAAGCAAAAAAUAAACUCCACUUACUGAAACGUUCAGAGCAUAUGGCGUAAGUUCACCCAGUUUAUGAAUUUUCGACGAAAUACCUGUUAGAUUACUUUUUUAUGUGCUCUUUCGUGUGUUUUGGUUUUCUAAAGCGUCUUUUAAUGCCCUGACUCCUUCAUUCAAAACAUUUUAAAACUUCGACGCCGUCUUGACUCUGCACCUUCCCUUAGUUUCAAAUAGAUCUUGAUUAGCUGAUUUGAUAGGUGAAGAUGUUGCCAGAACUGUUAUUUACAGAAUUAGACACAAUUAGACACAAAGAUAUAUUUAUCAUAGUUAAUCGUUAUUGUUCAUUUUAUCAACUAAGGGCUUGUCCUAAAGAAAGUUCUUAUUCGCCAGUCACUCCACUAACUUGGUUUCGAUCUGAGAUUUAGAGUGUGUUUCAUGACUUGCUUCUCUAAAAGAUAAAAGACAGGAAAACAUUGUUAAUCAGUGUUCUUCUUAUCAAGCAGUAAGUGGUAAAAUUUACCUCCCGCAACCGCUUUUAAGGUUUACUAAAAUUGAGUAAGUAGUUUUAAAAAAUACGCAAGUUGUGAUCCGAUCCAAUCAAGGAAAUGAAUGAAUAUAUGGAAAAGUACUAAAGCAGUGGCGGAUCCAGGGGAGGGGCCCGGGGGCCCGGCUCCCCCUCCCCCCGCUUAUUUUCAGACCAAACUGAGGCCCGAAGGGCCGAAAAUAAAUUUUGGAGACCGCCCCCCCUCCGUUAUCUCAAGGUCUUGAUCUGGCGCUGCUAAAGUAUACCAAACGUUUCUUUUUAUUGGCCACGCGUUUUCGAAAAAGAACAGUGAGUACAGAAUAAAAUUAUUGGGAUCAACUUCGUUUUUAAUUGUUGUGUAAAGAUAUCAACGGCCGAUUUGCGUAAAAUAGGUCUUAAAAAUGAGGGAAUGGCGUUUCUAAGAACUUAGCUCCUCUUGGGGUGAGGCCAUGUCUCUCACUCCACUCCCCCCACCCCCCCUUAGGAAAUUGCACCUAUGGGGCAUAUUUUUUUGCCUUACCAGCCAUGAAUGUUCCCUUACUUGCUGAGCUAAAAUUUAGGGAGAACACCGUGUUAAAAGAUCUUUCUCAUUCCAACUCGCCUUUCUGCCUUUCCUCUUUACAAGCCUCUCCUUCGCAGUGAACUUGUAUUUUGUAUUUUAGCGAACUCCAUAUUAAGCCCAAAAAUUUGGUUUUAUCUACUGAGCUGCAAGCAACGAAACAAAAGCUUUGAUAUCUCUGCACUGUGCUUGGCCAAUUGACUUAUCAUUUCAUUUAUUAAAACCCGUAUUUCGACUCCCAACCGACCACUUUUAUCGACUCAAAAACAAUAUGUUUCUACUGACCGUAACUUUUGAAAAUCCAAUGUUACAUUAUCUCCAACCAGCAUAAAAGGUGCCCACUGCUCCACAUCAGAGAAUCCGUUUUCUCUCAUCCACUUCAUGGCUUGGUGAAGAGAUUCACUGGCACUUUCUCCACGAACAAGGUGUUCGUAGAAACGACCCAUGAACUGCUUUGUUGCUUCGUCUUGUAUGGCCCACAGUGCCACCAACACUGAACGUGCACCAGAUCCUAAAAACGCGCGAGCAAUUCCAACCACUCCCUCCGUUUUGAUCUGUCCUUGUGCACUGUGACAACAGCUAAGGACUACCAGUUUGGCUCGCAGCCGAAUUUGUGAGAUGUCUGCCAUGGUCAGCAAGUAGUCUUCUUCUUGAGGUUUUCUAUCAUUGAGGGGUGGAGGGGCAAGGACAAUUUCUCCUCUUUCCGCAUCACCAUGGGCAGCGAAAUGUAUGAGACUUACUGAAUGUAUGCUUUGGAGUAUCGUCUCCUUUGUUGCUUUCUUUCCUAGUAGGGGUUGUAUAUCCAGCAAAUCUCCGACCAUCUCUGCUUCCUCGCUUGCAAAAGGCAGCCUUGAUACGUGCUGAAGAUUUCCCUUGUACAACACCUCACCAACCUCAGGAUCUCCCACUAUCAGUGCACCAGUCUGACUGUGAUAGUCUGCUGGACUGUCCUGAAUGAGCUUGAGUGUCGUCAAAGAAGGAACUAUGCGAAUCCGGAAAGACUCUGAUAGAUACUUUCCUCUUUCGUCCUUUAACGCUGCAAAUGGAACUAUGAAAAACAAGCGAUCAGGGACAAUGACGAUUUCUGGUUUAUCAAGCAAGUCGGCUACAGGAGCGAUGAUCAUUCUGUAGCCAUCUGCAAGAGUAAGGAUGGGCUGCUGUUCGUCUUCAUCCUCUUCUACCGGGCGGCACCCCUUGAGGCCGUUUUCUUGAGAUGGCUGGUGCGUCUGCUUGGAGUGAACGUUUGAAGGAAACCAGGAUCGGUCCUCGCACUGCUCUGGAGCUAAGCAAUGUGUCUCUCUAAAGAUUUCGGUGCAAAAAAAGUCAGCCACUUUGCUUACUGUUCUUUUGGUUGCAAAACAGUUAUCCACGUUCAUUUCCUGGAAAAAUAUUUGGUUGUGUGCCUUAAUAACCCACAAAUUUAUAAUUUUUUCCCGGUACGAAAUGUAAAGACAGGCCCAAUCGUGUUCUUUCUUCACAAUUCUUUCAAUACCAACCCAUGCCUGUGGCUCGACUGAUAUUUCGUUUUGUAUAGAGUACUGGACUGUCAUUAGGUCUGCCAGGGCUCUGGCUCGUCCAAUCUCCUCUGCGUAAAGACCCUCUUUCGAAUAUCCCGCACGGCAGAUCCCAUGACCGAUCGCUCGGUAGUAUCCACUGAGCUUGUCGAGAAGCGAUAUCUUAAACUGGUCAUGAUCUUUCAGAAAACCUCGGAGAACCUCUCCUGUUUUAACACAGGCAAAGAAAUGCGAUUCAGCUUCAGGUAAGUUGUCGUCUUCGAUCAUGCAAAGUGAAAUAAACAAGUGAAGCGCUGUCUCUCUUUCCAUUUCUCCAGCCUCUCUACACAAUACGAGCGCUCUUUCGAGACAGUCCUUAGCCCUCGCACUCUCACCGAGAAAACGAAAAACUUUUCCUAAGUGGUCAUAGCAUGCGGCCUCAAUGUUUUUGUCGCCAAUGUUUUGUGCGAUUGCAAGUGCCUUUUCGUAAUAUUCUGUCGCCUGGACAGAUUUCCGGCAGCUCUCAAAGAAUAAUCCUAUGUUUACAUAGCAGAUGGCUUCUAAUUUCCUGUCUCCGAUUUUUUCUACGAUUGCAAGUGCUUUUACGUGAUAUUCUUUGGCCUUCACAUAUUCAUCGAGAGAUUGAAAGAUAUCUCCUAGGCAUCCAUAGCAUUGGGCUUCCAUGUGCUUGUCACCAAUUUCUUUUGCGAUUGCAAGUCCUUUUUCCUGAUACUCUUUAGCCUUGACAUACUCACCAAGAGACUCAAAGACUACUCCCAGGUGUCUAUAGCAUGCGGCUUUUGUUUUCCUAUCGCCAAUUUCUUCUGCGAUUGCAAGUGCUUUUUCGUGACACUCUAUAGCCUUGACAUAUUCACCGACAGGAAGAAUACUGUUUCCGAGGUUUUGAUAGCAUUUGGCUUUUGCUUCCUUGUCGCCAAUUUUCCUGCGGUUGCAAGUGCUUUUUCUUGGUAUUCUUUACCCUUUACAUGUUCACCAAGAGACAGGAACACACCUCCUAGGUCUCCAUAGCAUGCGACCUCUGUUUGCCGGUCGCCACUUUCUUCUGCGAUUGCAAGUCCUUUUUCUUGAUAUUUCUUAGCCUUGUAAUAUUCACAGAGAUAGUAAAAGACAAGUCCUAGGUUCUCAUAGCAUAAGGCUUUUGUUUUCAUGUCCCCAAUAUUUUCUGCGAUUGCAAGGGCUUUUUCUUGAUAUUCUUUAGCCUUGACAUAUUCACUUAAGUGCGCACGGAUGCAUCCUAAGCUUACAUAGCAGUUCGCUUCUGUUUCCCUGUCGCCAUUUUUUUCUGCCAUUGCAAGAGCUUUUUCGCUGUAUUCUGUAGCCUUGACAUAUACACCCAAAGACUGAAAGAUACCUCCCAGGUGUAGAUAGCAAAUGCUUUCCAAUUCGUUUUCUUUACUUUCUAUCGCGAUGCUUAGUGCCUUUGUGUAAAGCUCGAUUGCUUCAUUAUAAUCGCACUGGCAUCUAUACAAUAGCGCCAGGGAAAAUGUUACUUUUCCUUCUAACGCUUUCUGGCCAGUUUCUCGAGAAAUGAUGAGAAGCUUUCUGCCAAUUUCAAGUGCGUUCCUGUAAUCGUUAGUAAGCGUGUACCCUGCAAGCAUUUGUAGAUAUGCCAUUGUCUUGAAGCAAAUGGUAAAUUUCAUAUUUUCCAGUGUCUUGUGGUUAAAAAGAAACAAAUUUUCCUUACAUAACUCGAUGGCUUUUUGAACACGAUUUGUGUUUAAAAGGUAGGACGAAACAGGAAUUGCAAUCUUGAUGGCCAGGACAACUUCUUCUGUGCUGUUCAUGACAGUCUUCGUUUAGAGCUAAAAUAAGAGACAAUUUGUUUUGGUUUGCUAUCGUUUACCCCGUGUACAGCCGCCCUCUCCCCUCAAAAAAACCGGGGUGAGAAGAGUAUUAGAAUCCUUUAGAUUCUAAGACGAGGACCACUACAACGACGAGAUAUUUUUUAAUAGCGGAAAAGCGCGCGAGAGCGGAGCCCCCUUGUUAAAGAAAACUGGAAACCUAUGGAUCCGAGAAAAUUUGGUUAUGACGUCAGCGUACGCCCAAACGCUGACCGUCGUACACCCGCUACAUGUAAGCCGAUGUCAAAUGUCACAUUAGAUCGUGCGCAAAAUAAUUAAAUAUUGACGCUAGCCUCUCAGUAAGAAGAUGAAUUGACAGCUGUCAAAAUCAGGCGUCUGCUGACAAAUAUCACAUGACCAUCUCGCGGGCUCAGAUGAAAGACUGGUUGUUUUGCCCCCACAUGUAAUAUGUCACACUUAUCAACAUAAAAAUGAAACUUCGCUUUCACUGGCCAGAGCUGUCAGUCGCCUGUCAGUAGUUUAUUAUUUGUUGUUUACUGAAUUUUUUUUUUUGCCUCUUUUACAUAUAAAUAAAGGAAAAUAAUUAAAUUACAUAUAACAUACACAAUUCGAAAAAAGUAAUCUCAAAAGGCGAGAAGUCUCAGGAAGCCAUGAAGGCUUAUAGGUGAGAUUUCCUCUUAACAGUAGAUUUAGUUGUUACUAUAGUAAUUAGUUAAAAGUAUGCGCAAGCCAGAUCAAGUUAUGCACAGGCCAAAUCAUGCGUCAUUGACAGCUGUCAAAAUGGGAUAUCUGCAGAUCACUAUCACAAAAUGAAUAACGUGGACACAGGUAGAAGACCCGUCAUUCCCCACCUCCCGCUAUUGCGCCCCUACAAGCCAGGGUGAAAUGUCUUAAUACUCACACUGUGAAAGCUGUCAUAGUCGAAGCCAUUUAUUCGAAUAUUCGCCAUCGUUAUGAAGGUCAGUUGACAGCUGUCAAUCUAAGGCAUCGGCUGACCAUCAUCACCUGACUGUAUCGCGGGCUCAUAUUUUUACUUAUCGAGGUCACGUAUUUUUUUGAAGUUUUUCGCUGAUAUUUUAUUUGAUCACGGGCUCAAUUCCGUGUUUUUGGAGCGAGAAACUCACAUUAGGCGACUCAUCAGCCGUGUUUACUUGCACGCUUGGUUUGUGUGAAUGAUCUAAAAGACUGAAACAGUAGAUCUAUUGUUAUUUAAAACGAUGGCCUCGUCAGGAGUAUGUUUUCGUUCUACUGGACAAAUUAUUUGACGAGGAAAAGGCAACGAAAAAUACAUAGAAGAUCUCGGAAAACAGCAGCAAACUUUCACUUGGUUUCACUGAGCUGAGCCCCGAUCAUUGCACAACAGAAACACAACACAUUGCAAGACGAAAACAGAGUGCAGCUAAUUGAAUGUUGGCCGUGAAAUUCAUAAUUACAUCAGUCAUUAAUACCAGAAACAACAGUGUAAUAAUUAUGGAUACCUAAAGCCGCAUAAAAGCAAACGAUUUAUUAGUUUGUUGUUGUACAUGGAUAGCCCGCAAAAUAGGCGCUUUAUGAGCCAAGCGAGGCGAACGCGGCAUCUCGCGCGAAAGCGACGCGCGAGAGACGAGGGGAGGAGAAAAUAAUAAAUCGCCUGUUACCAGGCCAUUGUUCUGGCUCUUCCGCCCACCUACGCCUACAAAAUAUUGAUUGACGGCGAUGAUGUCAAAAGGACCAAUCAAAACACGAUCCAUUACUCUCGCGAAAAUUGUCACCUUCCUGGCGUUAUCUUCUAUUGUACAAAUGGUGAGGAGUUUCGGCGAUGUCUUCGCGAGCUCCCACCAAAGUCGUGUAGAUUUUGUAGUAAACCUUUUGCUUAUUCUGCGAGGUCUAUCCCAAUUUUAGUUCUGUUACUCAAAGGUAAGAAUGUCAGGGCGUUCUUUUUUCAAAUCUGGUCUCCGAGCAAGGUAUUUAUGUUCAAAACGAUUCAAGCUCGUCCACUAGAUCGUGUCCGAAAUGUAUAAGGCCAAUAGAGAGAAGUUGUUACGUUACGUUGCCUUGGUAGCAAAAUUUUUGGAUGACAAUAAAUCGAAAAUUCACCACCGAAAAAGAGAAUUUGUACCGCUUCAAACUUCAUCGAUCUUAUUUAAUUUCAUUUAAUUUGUCAAAAGUUGGCGAAAUUUUCUUGGUUGAAACCGAAAGGACCGUAUCUAAGUUUAGUUAAAGGAAAACGAAAAUUUUCGAGUUGGUUCACCGACUCCAUGAAGUGGGCGCUUGAAAUUAGGAAGUUUCAUGUCGCAGUCACGCAACCACGGCAAAGAAAUGAACAAAAUGGCAUGAUGCAGGUGCAAAUUUGUUGUUUUGUCAAUAAAAACCUAUUACUUUUUUGCCGUUCUCCUUCCGUCGCCGUUGUCGUUGGUUUUGUUGUCAUCCAAAAAUAGUGCUACCAUGGUGACGUGACUUCACACUUCUCCUCUCUAUUGUCACAGCUUGUGAUACGUUGUCCGAAAUAAAACAAGGAAGCCAGGCGAGGCCGAAUUCAUUGCCAAGGGAUCCGUCGAUGAAAAGAAUAGCAAAGAGCUCUCCAAGCACCGGGCCAAGCGUUUCCGUGGAUGGUUCCUCUCGUGUUUUAAAACAUCCAUGCCCAGGGAAGAGUGAUCGAGCAAGAAAAGAAAACUUACCAGUCAACGAAAGUACACCAGACACUAAAUAAUCGAACUGAUCGAUUACGCACAGGAGAAAAUCCAAGGUUUUAUGAAUGUUCCAGUCGAAGAGACACAAACACUAACGAAGGUAAUAAUAACGACACAAGCCAAGAGCGUUGUUUUAUCUUGUUGUUUACAUUUGGUAUCAAUGUGAUCUCGAGGAGAGAGGAUCAAUAAUUGUUUCAGUAAUUGUUGAGUUUUAAUUAUUGCUUAUUUGUUCCUAUAGAGUGUUUUCACUCACGUGGCCAGCAUCAAUGCAAAUUUCUUGGAACAAAAGACAGCGUUUGCAUAAGAAAAGAGUGCAGCUCCCAAGGAUUGGUUUGGGACACCAACAUGGCCGCCUUUUCAUUGUUUUGGGACACCAAUAUGGCCACUGUGACGUCAUGUGAAAACACUCUAUUGUUUAUUAUUUCCAGGUUUUUGUGGCAUAUCCGAGGAGUAUGAAAGCGAACGAAGUGAAUUGCCAAGUAAAGGACUGCAAGCGACUGUUGUUAAGCGAGCAGCAGAGUACUGACACAGGGUUCAGAGGAGAUGUGUUUGUCGUUAGAACAUCAAAACCCGUCGAAAACCUCUGAAAAAAUGGGUUGUUUUGAUCGCGUUACAGUUUCGUUACACAUUAUAUAUACCGCAAACCAAGAGACUGAGGGCUCGCAAGAUCGGCUUACAGUAUAAUUCGUGCCUCGGUCGCCCUUCGGGCGACGUGCCGUGCGCUAACGAGGAUAUGGCUUGCGGUUAUUUAUUUUCAAAAUGGCGAAUAACAAAGUCGAUCUGGGUCAGAUAAGAAGCAAAGAAAUCGUUUACAGCAGAUUCAUAAAGUUCCUAUUGGGCUAAUUAAUCGUGCUAAGCGACAGAUAUAGACAUUUUUCAAGGUGAGACUUUAACUAAAUAAUUCAUUUAUUUAAACGCAACUCCUCUGGACCCUGUGGUACUGAGAGUACAAUUUAAAGUGUGUGUUGUUUGCCAUAAUAAACUCUCCAAAAACUUCAUAUCUUGCUCGCGAGGUGUUUAAGACGAAAAUCGCGGCGGAAUGCGCACGUUAUGCUAAGCAGAAGACUUGCUGGACAAAUAUUCCCAGAUCGUUAAGUUCUUCAAUUUGCUCAUCAGAAAUCGCUGUCAAAGCAACAACAAGAGCGUGGGCAUGGACACCAAUUCGUUGUCUCGAAUAUGGUAGGGAAAAGUUGGUAAAUCAGGAUUUUUCCAAACCCAAUUGGAAGCAAUCUAAGAACAUCCUUCCUCUUUAGCAAUAAAUUUGAACAUUUCUUUUGUUUUUCCUUGAACUUGAACUUGAACUUAACCGCGCGAGCGUUAUUCCAGACAAACAUACCAGAUUCUCGCGAGGAUCACGUGUCUACAAUUAGCCAAUUUGGAACGCAACGUUCAUGAAGUGAACGUGAGAACAAUGGACUGGUAAUAGGCGCUUUAUUUUUUCUCCUCCCCUCGUCUCUCACGUGUCGCUAUCGCGCGAAAUACCGCGUUCGCCUCGUUUGGCUCAUAAAGCGCCUGUUAUGCUUCGUGCAUUUAAGUUAUCACUGUAAAUAUUGCAAUCAAAUUUUAGUUUUUAUGUUUACCCUGACAUCUUCGGUUAAAUAUGUUAGGCUUCUAAAGCCUUUUCUUUAAUUAUCUGUUUCUUUCUCGGUUGUGUUUUCUUCGUAAUCGCCUUUCGAUGGAAUUUUUGUGAGGUAGAAACCGUAACGCGUGAAGUUUGAAUUUUGUCUGGCUACUAUUGUCUGUAAGUUUGUCUGUUUGUCGACACGAAAAAAGUUCGCAGCUCUAGCGGCCGAUUGUUAAUUGCUUUACUCGCAUUGUCGGUGUUUUAUUCCUUCCCCUUUACCUUUGCAAAAAAAGCUGUAAAAAAAACCCGCAAGCUUUCAGCUUAAUUCAAAACUUCAGACAUUCGAGACUGAAUAGCUCACAGUUUUUAGCUUUCUCUGAAGUGCGUUAAUUCGACCUGGUUAAUUGUUUUGAAUUGAUACAAGCUUUCCUUUUUCAGUAAAUAUUGUUUAAUAUUUCAAAGUGUAGGAAAUUUUUCUUUAGUUUAAUAUACCAAUUUUGGCGUUAAAAGUAGUGUUUUUCAUUGGCCGGUAAGCUACCGAGAAACUUAUUUGUGUAAGUCUUUAAAAUGUAAGUCUCUAGAACAACUACCUUUUAUUCGCGUAGAAGAGGCCGUUUCGUGAUUUCAGCGUUUCCUAACAAGCCGCGGCGAGGUAAAUAUUCCUAAAGCCACUAUUCACCGAGAUUGAAAAGAAUAAUUGUUUUAGUAUAUACACACGAAGUGAUCUCAACAAAAUCAGACAGGAAACCAUUAAAAAGGACGACUUGAUUGACGGAUCAAAUCAGGCGAAAGUUUAAAAAUAGAUCUUUGCAGAAUUUUCAAGCAUUGUAAUUCACAAGUUUAUCACUCUGCAAACAACAGCAUAAUGGCUUCAAUGGAACCGUGAAAAGUUUGAAUUGUUUCCUUACCUGAGAAGAAAAGUAGGGCUUUGUUGUUUUUUGUUGACUCGCCAAGUUUAUAGCCAAAAAGGUUUGUUGUGUCGUUCUUGAAGUGCUGAUAAAAAUGGCGGCUCGGUUUCUUGAGGUAAAAUGUCGUCUUCCAGUAGCAUUCUUUUUUUAUUUACUUGAAAAGUAAAAUUUCUGCAAACAUUUGCUUUGAAAUUUAUUUGUCAUUAAUAAACUUCGAUUUUUGGGCCAAAUGUUUCUUGUUAGGAAACGGUGAGUUCACGAAACGGCCUCUUCUACGCGAAUAAACGGGAGUUGUAAACAAUACAUCGAGAACAAAACUCAGCUACAGUAAAUGGAAAAACGCCGUUUUGAAUCCUUUGAAGUCUUUUCUUGCCUUAAAAAAAGUCAACCCCAGGAUUUUGUCGACUUCUAAAAGAUCAUUCUCUAAAAAAAUAGGAAAAACACCGAGCUCACACAUUAUCCACUCGCUAGGAGGUGAAUAUUGUUGAAUACUCCGAGAUAGCGAACCAAUCAGAUUGCUUAAAUCACCAAGAUCACUUAGUGUGUAUAUACUAAUUGAUUAUUAUUCAUUCAAAAUAUUGCCCCAAUUCUGAUUGGCUAAAAGCACACGCAUAAUUCACCAUAACCAGUUACUGAUGACCAAAUUUGGAAGAAUUUUAUGUUUAACGAGGAAAUGACGUCAAAAAUGCAGCCUUCUACAGGUUAAUGCACCGUUAACCGAGAAGACCUGGGGACGAGAUUGAGUUGUUUUCGUUACAAAAACUAAAAUGGCAGAUACUUCACUCGUUUCAAGAGUACGAAGUACAGCUGGAACUAGGCGAAAUAAUGGCUAAAAACAUAGCAAAAACAGCAGGAAGACAACUCGGAGGGCGACAUAUGCUAUCUGGAGAAUAUUUGCGGAGCUGGACAAACCUAAACGUAAACUAUCGAAGAUAAACUUAACAUCGAUGCAGGUAAGCUUGUUUUAGCUACGUUUUUAAACUAGGAAUUAUUUUGAAUGAAUAAUAAGACAAUUAUUGAAUUCGGCUUUCGUAUCAUAUGAAGAAUUAUGGAGAUCUCGGAGGGUGUUAUCCGCCUCGGCCUACAGCCUCGACGGACAACACUCUCCUCGACCUCCAAAAUUCUUCAUAAGAUACUCGGCCUCAUUGAUUAAUUGUUAAAUAUUCACCGUGCUAGCCGGUGAAUAUAAAGCAAAACAAAAUCGCUGUCGUGAACUGGGUGUUUUGCCAAGUUUCAGAGUAAAAACAAUUUGAAAACACAAGAAUAUCCCAGUGUUGAUGAUUUUGAAGGUAAGAAAAGACUUCAUGGUGUUUAAACGGCGUGACUCAUUGUGAAGUGAUUUACAAUAGCUGUCAUGGCGGCUGGACCGACCUGGGCGAGCUCGCUACAAUUUCUAGUACUCCUGCUUGGAACAGCAGUUUUAAUCCAAGAGAGUAUAAGUGGCGACGUUUUAGGGUCUUACCAGGCUACAAGCGUCUCAAAGACGUUUAUUGCACCUGAAUUCGUCUCAUAUUUGACAAACCACAGAAGAUUUAAACCUCGUGCUAAACGAUUUACUUCACGGAGGGUCCCACACACGGUCAAAGGAAUAAGCAGCUUCAAUCUGGAAAGGGAUGUGCUUCUGUGCGGGGACGUGGCCAUAAAUCCUGGCCCGAAAGGGAAGAAGUCUAUGUUGAAAUACCCAUGCAGUGAAUGCCACAAAGCAGUUAGAAACAACCAAAACGCCAUCUUGUGUGCCACAUGUGGAAACUGGUCACACGCUAAAUGCCUCAAUAUGUCUCGGACUAUUUUCCAGUACUACUUAGACCAGCCUGAUAUUGAUUGGACCUGUCCAGCUUGUGCUCUACCGCCACUAACGGACUCCUUCUUUGAAGAAGUUUCUGAAGGUGAUACACUAAUUCCAGCCGAGGAGUAUCAAGCGGAAACAACUCAAAAUACGGCCUUCGAGCAGUUUCUUUACAGAGAUGUCACAGAAAUUACUUCUGAAAACGAUCAGCUAGAACUCUUUAGGAAACAUCACAAUAAGGAUUUCUUAAUUGCCCACUUGAACAUUAACAGCAUCCAAAAUAAAUUUGAAGAACUGACCGAAGUAAUCAAGAAAAUCAACGCCCACAUAAUGUUCGUAAGUGAGACCAAGAUCGACGCGAGCUAUCCCAACGCUCAGUUCAAAGUUCCGAACUACUCCCUCUACCGAAAUGAUAGGAAAAAGGGCGGCGGUGGAAUUAUGGCUUUAAUAUCUCAAUCGCUAGUCAGGACACAGCUUAAACCUGAUAAAUCCUUUAAGACACUGGAAAUAAUUGCCUUCGAAAUCAAAACAGAUAUGGACAAUAUGGUAAUUGUUGGUAUUUAUCGUCCCCCGAGAGCUCUGUGUGGCGAAUAUCAAACACUGUUGGAAAGCGAACUCAGUUAUGUCUGUAACUGGGCAAGCUUGAACGGAAAUUUUGUUGUAGUUACUGGCGACCUAAAUCUGAACAGACUUCGCCCUGACAAACCUGAAGGUAAACUGCUUCUCGAUUUGGAAGUUGAACAAGGUUUUGAAUGUCUAAUUACUAAGCCAACAAGAAUAGAAAAGCGUGGAAUAAUUAUAACAGAGAGUUUAAUAGAUGUUUUGCUCACUAAUAGACCGGAUAGCUUCCACCUAUCUGGUAAUUACCAUCCUUGCUUAAGUGAUCACGACCUUGUUUACGGUGUCCUGAAGCAGAAAAUAAAUCACAACAAACCAAAGGUCAUCACAUUUAGGAGCUAUAAGAACUUUGACCCUGAACAUUAUAAACAGCUUUUGUCCUCUGCCCCAUGGCACGUUGGACAAUUGUUUGAUGACGUCGACGAUCAAGUUUACGUGUGGAAUGCACUUAUGAACAAUAUACUGGACGAAGUGGCACCUGUGAAAAAAAAAUGCGUGUGCGUGAUAAAGAUGUGCCCUACAUGACGUCUCAUUGGAAAAGUGCGAUUAGAGCUAAACGCAAAGCAAAUGACAAGUACUUGAAAGACAAAACGCCAGAAAAUUGGGAAUUACGACGUAAAGCCAGAAACGAGGCCACUAAACAAAGAAGAAUCGCCAUCAAACAGUACUGGUAUAAUAAGUCAAACGAUUUGAAAAUCAAUCCCAAGGCGUUCUUCAAAACUUUCAAGCCAUUUUUGGGCUCUAAGAGCUGUACUGAAAGAAACGACAUCCACUUAAAAAUAAACGGCAGUAUGAUAACGAAUCAACAACAAGUGGCUGAGGAAUUGGUUGAGCAUUUUGCUACCUUGGCGGAUGGCAUUGGCGGUACAGCGAUUGAAAGAAAGUCAAUAGAGGACUUUAGAGACCAUCCUUGUGUUCAGAGGAUACAACAUGAAAAUAGGAAUUCCACUCAGACCAUCGAAAUCGAAUUGGUUACACAGGGACAAGUCCUUGCAGUUCUCGAUUCGCUGAACAUAAACAAAGCCACCGGCACUGAUGGAAUUCCUUCAAAGGCUUUAAAAACAGGUGCUAAUGAAUUAUCCGCUCCACUAACCACCUUGUUCAAUUCUUGUAUUAACAAGAAUGUAUGGCCUAGUGAAUGGAAGUAUGGGCAUUGGGCCCCAGUAUACAAAAAGGAUGACAGGAAUGCAAAGGAAAACUACCGGCCCAUAACUCUCUUACCAUGUGUAAGUAAAGUUCUUGAGAAGUUGGUUGGAGCGCAGAUCAACUCUGGCUUUGGUAAUCGCAUUUACCAACACUCAUCCGCUUAUCGCAAAGCUCACAGCUGCGAAACAACAUUGAUCAAUUUAGUAGAAGAUUGGAGACUGGCGAGGGAUCGAAAACAGGUUGUGAGCAUACUUUCAACAGACAUGUCAAAGGCAUUUGACUCGUUACACCCACCACUACUUCUGAACAAGCUUGAAGCGUACGGUUUUCAGGAAAGCGCUAUUCAACUUUUAAACAGCUAUUUAAAUGAACGGAAAUAUCAAGUAAAGAUCGGCCGUCAUGUUAGUUCGAGCCGAUUCGUGAGUCGUGGCUGUCCUCAGGGUUCCGCGCUUGGCCCGUUGUUAUGGAAUGUUUUCCAGAAUGACCUAUCCUACUGCCUAACAGCGAACUUGUCUAUGUAUGCCGACGACCAUCAAAUUUACCACGCAGGAGCAGACCAGGCAGCUGUGACUUCCCAGUUAAAGGAUAGUGCCAACUUAGCAACAACGUGGUACGAUUCUAACUUAUUGGCGGGAAACCUCAAAAAGUACCAAGUUUUGAACUUGGGCUUCACUCAAAAUGACAGCAAUAUUUGCGUGAAUGAUGUUGUGAUUGAAACUAAAGAUAAUAUCAUACUUCUAGGAGUAGUGUUAGAUUCUAAGCUAAAUUUCUCUGAGCAUGUAAUCUCUAUCUGUAAAAAAAGCCAGCCAGAGAAUUGGUGUUCUAAUGAGACUACGUAAUUUAAUUCCUAUGAAAUCUAAGUUAAUAUUAUUCAAAAGCGCGAUAUUACCAUUCCUCACGUACUGUCACCUGUGUGUGGCAUUUUUGUAAAGCGAGUGACACUCGAAAGCUUGAAAGACUACAAGAAAGAGGACUUAGAGCGGUUUUCAAGGAUAAUAAUUCUAGUUAUGAACAACUAUUAGAGAAGGCAGAUCUGCCAACACUACUAAAUAGUCGCUUACAGGAUCUGUGCAUCCUUAUGUAUAAAGUAAAGCAUAAACUGUGCCCUGCAUAUAUAAGUAACAUCUUUAAAGAACCAAAUAGUAAUUACAAUCUGCGGCAAGCAGAUUUCUCUAUACCUAGGUAUGAGACAGUCACCUAUGGCAAGCACUCUAUUAGAUAUUUAGGGCCUAGGCUAUGGACAAAACUACCCAAGAGUAUCAGGGACGUCACAACCCUAACGUCGUUUAAAAGCAAGAUACGCCAACUCAAUAUAAGUGAACUUUUAGAUGAUGGCUGCGCAGGCUGUAGCCUUUGUUCAUUUUGACUUCUGUGUAUUUUUACUAUAAAUCUCUUAAUUAGUUAACUAUAGAUAUUUUACCUACUACUGUAUAUAGUUUUUAGUUUGUAUAUUCUCCCCUAAUUGGUGUCCCCAAAUUAGUAAGGGAUUUGUUCCCUGGCUAGACGGUUUUUGACACUUUAAUAAAGUUUCUAUUCUAUUCUAUAUUCUAUACUUUUAUACGCUCGAAGCAAUGUUUUUACCACUACAGAGGAAAAAGGGGCCGCUUUGUCACCGUUUUGUGAUCUCUUGAUUUCCUCCCAAGACCAAUUUUGUCUUGAAAUAUGGAGAAAAAAAGGAAAGCAAAUAUUUUCGAAAAUUGUACGUGCCAGCAAGUUAACAUGGCAAAGAACACUGCGGAUAAACAACGCCCACCUCGAUCGUAGCCGCUGUUGAGAGCAUUUGCAAGAAGCGACAAAAAAACUUUCUCAUUCACGGUGAGUUGAAAGAAGCAAAUAAAGCUCCGUGUUUCUUCACAGAAAGGGAAGUUAUUUAAACUUUCGACGUUUUCUUUUCACUUAUCGAUGCUAAAGCUUACAAAAAACAUUAAAACUACGAUUUGCCAUGUUUGAAAAAACUGUAACAUACGUAUCUACUGUUCACGGCGACAUGUUCAAGCUUGAAUUCACCCGUCAAUCAAACUAAUCGUUUUUAACGGUUUCCUUUCCAAUUCUACUGAGAUCACUUCAUGUGUACACACUGAAACAGUUUUUCACCUCAGGCUCAGUUAACAUUGUUGAACAAUACUAACUUCGCCUUCAGCGAAUAAUUAUUAAAUAUUAUGAAGAAGUGCGCGCGCGUGAACCAGCGUUAUUUUGGCGGGAAAACUUAAUGGCCGUUGUCAUUUGACAACGAGUUUUAGCGAGAAUGUCUCAGCGGCAGAAACAAUGUAUCAAAGAAGUUUUGUCAUUGUGCGAUCGAGAGAGGGCUUAACCUUCUCCAACAAAAACAAUCGAGCUAACUUUUCUGGUGAAAGAAAAAGGACACUGAAGCUUUCCGGGGUGUAUAUUUUUGGAGAAUACGCGAAAAAACUUGAAGUCAAAUCUCGAUACUUGUAGUCGUUCUCGUCCUUGAAUCUAAAGGUCUCUAUUUUGUAGCUCUAUAAAUACGACAAAAAAGAAAACCACAUAAUAAAUAGAUAAAUAGACAGUACUCACCAGGUCGCCUUGUUACGCUACUUAGAAAAUUGAAUUUACGAUUGAAAGUUUCCUUAAUAUACCAGCAUAGUGAAAACGUUUUCAAGAGGUCAUAAGCUAUUUCUAAAUACUGAACGGGCUGAAACUUGCUAUUAAUACCUUUUCUUACUAAGAUAUAGUCACACUUGAACGAAGAUAAACCGUGAAGAAAAAUCUCAUUUGAGAAAGCAAACAUUGGCAUCUCCAUGUUUGGAAAAAACGUAAAAUUAUAGUGUUUGAUUGAGAAUGGAAUAUUCUUCAGUUUUGGUUCAAACAGUCGAUGGUUUGAAAACAACAAGAUUCUACUGUUUUAGUUCUGGCGUUUAACUUAUCGAAAACACUUCCUGCGCUUACGUUAAACGGUAUGCACGGGAUAUGGUGGCAUAACCUCACUUCAUGCUCUGCCAAGGCCUUAUUGGCGUCAGGGUAAAUAGGUUUUAAAUAUGUCCUCGUUUUGCAAAAGGAUUGUCAUAUUCUCUACUAUGUUAAAGCUCACAUUAUGGCUUCAGAACGCAAAAUCUCACUUCACGUAUUUGCCUCGUGCAUUUUUUGUUUCGUAAAGGCUUUCAUUUUCAGAACUGCCACCGCAGGUUUCUUAAAGACGAACAAGUUUAAACAAACAGGCGAAAGAAAACUCUUUCUCAAAAACUUCGAAACUGAAAUAAGAAGAUGGGUUAGGUUUUGUAACGUUACUAUGAACAGAGAUAAUGACUAAAACGUUUUUAGGAGAUGAUUUGGCGAUUUCACAUGACCUUUUGGUAAAAUUAAGAAGCCUAAUCUUCACCUUGAUUCAAAACACAACUGAUAACGUCUUACAUUAAACCGAAGGUUGAGGCUUGACUUAUAGUAACGGGAUUAACGACCUCGCCAGCUUAACGGGAAACGGAGGAAAAGCCUCUGCUUACUUAACUUAUUAAACAAAAGGAGUAAUUUUCUAUAUUUCCCGAUAGUGUUGCUAGUAACAAGAAAAAUAGCGGGCUGGAGGAGUUCUCUAAAGAAUUUUAUGAUGUUACCUCAACGGACUACAGACCUGAGGGGCAACUCUACUAAUGGAAAAAAUUGUUCAAAAAAUUACUGGACAUAAUUUUGUUUGGUUAAGCACUAAUGAUAUAAAAAUGAAUUUAAAGCGAAAUUGUGAAAUUUACUACGUUAAACACCACGCAAUUAUUGUUAGUUUUCUCUUUCUUGUAGCUUGCUUCUAGAUGUCAGGAUGUUAUUCAAAGAGCUAUUCUGUGCUUGAGUAAAGUUGUGCGGCAGAAACCAGUAAGUUGUUUGUUUUAUUUGUGUAAGUGAAGAUCUAUUUACUUACAGUUUAAUUAAUUUUACCACAAAAUUGAUACCUACAAAUCAAUGCGGCAUUUUAUUUGUGCAUGAGGAAGUACCUAAUAAAAGUAGCUCUGUUGCCGUGGGAAUAUUUUGUGCGCGACGAUGAUUCUUCUUCUUUCUUCCUUGUAGGAGCUUCUUUCUGACCCAGAGUGUUAUCCAGAUUUACUGAUGCGAGCUCAGGAAUUAAUAAACCUCCUUAAACUGCCCAAGUAAGAUCUUUUUACUUUGCCGUGCACCUCCUAUGUAACAAAGUGCCCAAGGACUGGAAAUAUUUGGUAGUUAUAUUAUUGUCCGGGGUCCUUUUCCAUAAAUUUGACCGUAACAUUCGGAGUCUACGCGAGAGAAUGGGUCAGUGUUUUGUUGACGUACUGUGGGAAAUCCUGUGGGACUGUUUGGGGGGACGAAUUCGUCAUGUUCUAAACGAGUGAAAAACUGGGUUCGAUAUACGACCACAAAGCUUCUUGGGAUCGUUUGGAGGGGCAGCAUGAAAGUCAACAAACAAUGCGCACUAGUGCUGUAUUUCAAACUGCAAUGGUAGGUUCAGAAAUGCAAUAAAUCUUCACUGUUACAGAAUUCCUUAAGACGUUGAUGUACCAAGUAUGUCUUCUUAACAGGUGGCUUGCAAGUGUUUGCUGUCCCCCCUGACGAUCCCUAGAGCCUUUGCGUACAUAAGUCGUACUAGUUUCCCGCUUGUUGAAAACAUAGCCAUUGCCUGCACCAGUAAAAGAAGUGGUUCUACUGAGUAAAACAGUUAUGUAGCGUCAUUCGACGCACCGCCAACCCAAUCUCGCGCCCAGCCUCAAAAUGGAUAUCAAAUCCUUAUAAGCCCAUGGAUAUUUUUUGUUCAACUGGGCACCUUGUUAUUAGUGAACUUACGCAGCAGGACGAGAGAGGAAAAAAGAGAGCAAACCUUGUGAGACAAGUGUGAGGAUAAGUUUGCUUGAAAAAAUUCUCUAAAACGCCAUCUUCCUUUAACCAGUUCUUUUUAAAAGACCAGAUUUGUGUCACACACAAGCGUUUUGCCGUCCUCUUCCUUCUGCCGUCCUGUUGCGUAAACUCACCAUUAUAUCAGCUUCACUGGGCACACGAGGUACCCUCCCUACCCAUACCUACAGCCCGUGAGACAGUAGGGGUGGUCACUGUCAGGGAUUGUUACGUCUCUGGUGUUUUUACGUCCCACAAGAGUCAGGUCAUAAAACCGCUUUGCGAUGGAGCCUACUGUUUUUCUCCCUUAUUCCAGAAGACUUGAAUGUCUAAUCAUUGGCAGAUGCAAAACAAAGGCUAUGCAUCCCUCCUUGUCCCUCUCGGUCAUUUUAAGCUUCUGAAUGCCAAUUCGGCCGGGAUGUGAACACGGGCCAACCACUCCGAACUGUGAUACUCAAACAAUUGAACUAAACACCUACAGUCAGCGGUUUUGAAUGGCUUCGGUACACCACGGUUUGACAGUACCUUUACAAGGAUGAUGUAAUAUGAGAAUAGCGUUUUACCCUGCUGUGUACCUACCGGAAACCGGCAUGAAAAGUCUCUGGCAUCCAGGGUACCUGCUGUGACACUUUUUAAAAAAGAACUUCCCUAUGGCAUUUUAUAAUGCCGUGAUUCUUGUUGUCAAGGAUCGCUUAAUAUCACGUUUUUCACUUUUUGUAAUUCUCUCUGUCCAGUGUGGCACCUGUGAUACUAAGCCCGGAUUCCGAAGUUUAUAGCGGAAGGUAAAAUAUAUUUUGAAUAUUAUUUUAGUAAAACCAUUCCAACGAGGGUUCUUUUCAGUUUUCUUGGUCCGCUUCACCGAUAUCUGUUUCAUCGUCAGUCUGCUUAUACAAUGAAUUUUUCGAAACCUUGUCUUCUUGUUCUUGAGCAACUACAACUGACGACAAAAUUAAUUGAGGCAAUUUGCCCUACAGUACCUUUUUGACGUUUUGCGACUUCAAAAGGGGAAAAUACAUAUACGGGCUACAGGUAGACCGUUCGAGCUAUCUGUAGGAAACAUCGUAAACCCAGCUUUGAAUGGAUGUGUGAAUGGGUGUGGAUUCUUUUGUUCUCUGAGCUUACCCCAUUUGAGGACAGUGUCUCAACAAGUUUUGUUGCCUAUUGUAGUUUCCUUGGCACCCAAUCCUCCAUUAAGCGAUGCAGUUAAGAAAUAAAAAUUAAAAGAACUUUUUCUCGAUCCGAGGUGUGUAGAAAAACUUAGAGAUAGGCCGUUUGUUUUAAUAAUAUUUAACGACGGAAUGUUGUUUCUUAUUCUAGAUGGCACAAAGACAGCAACUCGUCUUUACCUCUGUUGCUUCGUACAUGUGAUACAAUUCUUGCUUCAUAAUUCACGGACUCAUCUUUGUCGGGUCUUACCUCCAAGCUUGUUUGGUCGGUGAUUUGUUCACUUUUGUUGACAUGCAGUGGAGAUCACCAGGUCACUUCUAUUUCUCCUCUACAGUCGAAGUGAGGUGGAGAUAUUUUCACGCUUACAAUGCAACGAACG